AUGCCACGGGCGCGGCGUCCGGCCAGGGCGUCGAGCGGCGUCCGGCCAAGGGGUCGAGCGGCGUCCAGCCAGGGCGUCCGGCCAGGGCGUGGAGCGGCGUCCGGCCAGGGCGUCGAGCCAGGGCGUCCGGCCAAGGGGUCGAGCCAGGGCGUCCGGCCAGGGCGUCGAGCGGCGUCCGGCCAAGGGGUCGAGCGGCGUCCGGCCAGGGCGUCGAGCGGCGUCCGGCCAAGGGGUCGAGCGGCGUCCGGCCAGGGCGUCGAGCGGCGUCCGGCCAAAGGGUCGAGCCAGGGCGUCCGGCCAGGGCGUCGAGCGGCCUCCGGCCAAGGGGUCGAGCCAGGGCGUCCGGCCAAGGGGUCGAGCCAGGGCGUCCGGCCAGGGCGUCGAGCGGCGUCCGGCCAAGGGGUCGAGCCAGGGCGUCCGGCCAAGGGGUCGAGCCAGGGCGUCCGGCCUGGGCGUCGAGCGGCGUCCGGCCAGGGCGUCGAGCGGCGUCCGGCCAAAGAGUCGAGCCAGGGCGUCCGGCCAGGGCGUGGAGCGGCGUCCGGCCAAAGGGUCGAGCCAGGGCGUCCGGCCAGGGCGUCCGGCCAGGGCGUGGAGCGGCGUCCGGCCAAGGGGUCGAGCGGCGUCCGGAACCCAAAAUCUUCACCUUGUUGA